AUGCCUUCAGCACAACCAACCUGCGCUGCUCGGAUCAUCCGAAACAAAUUCCUCCUAUCUGGAUGGGGGGCGACGCUGUCCACAGAGACAAACCAGCUUGUGCUUGAUCUUAGAGCUGAUGCAGCGGCAACAUACCAGCUACAAGUCUUAAGGGACCGUCCCAUCUCCUCAAUCAGCCUUCGGUCGGCACUUUUUUGGGAGCAUCAUCAUUUGGCUGAACAGCGAAUCAUUUCUACGCCCUCGAUCGACGAUGAACUCGAACUCGAGCUCUUCUCCGCAAGCGAAUCUUUCGAGACUGGCUACGAUAAGAUUAAAAAAGAAGUUUCCGCCAAUCACGAUCAGGUGACGAUGCAUUCUCUAUUUGGACCUAUCCGCGACCGGGAGUUUACUGUUUGGACAUUCCGGGUUAACGGUGUAUGGGUGACGGUAAUCCUACGCAUCGAGCCGAUGUUGUUUGCCCCUGCGGGCGAGCGCUUCUGCGACCGGACUGUAACUCGAUUUUACAUUGUCGAUUCUCUUCCAACAGAGCGUGAGUCACGAGCGAGGCUCCUUGAUUCCCGUCUCCCAGAUAUCCUAAAAGAGGGUGGCAUCGAUCUACAAAUUAAGCACACUCCGAUUUCUACGCCCAACGUCGACUACACCUGGGCAACCGGACAUGUCGCGUAUGCGUUCUCCAGAGAAUUUAUGCGUCGUUUGAAGAUCCUUCUUUUCAGAAGACAGCGUGGAGAAACUCCUAUGGAGUUCCUCUUUGAGCCUUUCGAGGAGCAUUUCGAUGUCGACUACUACCGAGAGCUUAUGAUUUCUGCUAGCGCUCACUACGCCAUCGAGAAGUCGAACUACCAAGUACGGCUAGCACUCGAGGUUCCAAGCGAGAAGUCCAAAUAUGACUCGAAGGCUCUCAAACGCGUGAAAAUCGACGCCGAAAAGGUCGAGGAUGAGGUGUACAUCAGGGACGCACAUAACAAUCGCCCUAUCGUUGUAUCUAUCCCUAAGGGUACGUUUAAGCCAUCUGAGGAUGACUUGCAGCAGCCGUCUGCGGUACCUGACUGCGACGAGGAAUUAGAUGAGGCUGACUAUGACGAUUCAGACUACGAGCCAGACGAAAACAAAUCCACCCCUCUGACACCAAUCCCUUCCCCGCCUGCGGCGGAACCCGUAGCACCUGGUGCACCAAUUAAACCAACCAACACUAUGGUUAAAACUGGACCAGUCACGCAGAUGCACGAUGCGGGAGAUACCGAAGCAUCAGUCUCAGAUACACCGACCCCCGUCAGCAAACAGGACCACGCCGUUCCUACUGACGCCAAGCAUGAAGAGGACGUCCACAAGAGCCCCAAAGAGACAAUCAAAUACGACGACGACGACAGUAAGUCGUCAACUAAGCGUCGCCUUAGUGAUUCCGACGCAGAGGAGUCAUCGUCAAAGCGGCAGCUGAAAGAAGUCGCGGGACAUGACGAUAUUUGA